AUGGUGGUCCAGGUUAAAAGUGAUUUGUCAAAUGAUAGUUAUCAAGGAUCGGUGCCAGUUAAAUCUACCAAUGAGGAAGAAGCCGUCGAAAUGAAAAAUAAAGAGAGCUGCGAAUUAUUAAAACAUGAAGAUAAUGAUUCUUGUGAGAAACUAAUCCUCUGUCAGCAAGAUGAAUACGAAUCAUCCGAAGUGGAUAAAACCAUCAAUGAGUCCACCCAAUCCAAAAAUAUCCAAAUUCUGGAAAACAAAGAAUUGGAAUGUGUAGAAGAAGAUUCUCAAUCAGACGAACAAGCCACCGUUAUUGAGUUAUUGAACACGGAGUUUACUACAUCACAAAUAGAUGCUGCUCAGUUUAUUGAAACACACAGUGAUGAUAUUCCAGAUGUUAAUUUAGUAAAAUGCAGUACAGAUAACAGAGAAGAAAACAGCAACAUUAAUGAAAUUCCAGACAUGCAUUUUCCCACAGACACCUUUCAGAAUACAGAUGAUGUGAAGGUAGAAUAUAUCUCAUCCAUUCGGGAAGAAGAAAUUAAAGAAAUCUAUCAGAAAGAGGGGGAAGUGGAUGAUGUCAAAAACAUUGAUAUAGAUGUGCACAGCAAUGUCAGAGUGGAACCCAGUGGACUGGAUACUAGUAGUAUGAAUUUAGAAGAUUUUACCAGCCAACGUGUGGAAGGAAACACUCCAGAACACUGCAGUGAUGUUGAAAUUGUUAAUAAUGAAUUAGAAAACUCAAAUGUUGUUGAGAUUUCCGAAGAACAAACUGUUAAUAGAACUGAAGACAUACCAAUGGCACAAACUCCGGAAAAAGCUCCACAAACAACCAAAAUAGAACCAGUUAAACAAUUGGAAAGUCCUUCAGAAGUUGUAGAGGAACCAGAAACACCACCCUCAGAGGGUAGUAAUGCAGAUGUUCCCAUUAGGAGAAAGAGAAAGUUACCAAUAGAACUGCAAGAGUUGCCACACCUAACAGGAUGGUCAAGAAUGGCUUCGGGAUUGUUGGAGAAAGUGGGUAAAUAUAGAGGUUCGGGUCGACUGGUGGGUGCCGCUCAUUGGUUUUUACAACCCGUUACACCUGCUGAUGCUCCAGGAUAUUAUGAUAUAGUGAAGAAACCUAUGGAUUUUUCUACUAUCAAAAAGAAAUUAGAAGGUGGCCAAUAUAAAAAUUUGGAAGAAUUUCACGCCGACAUGAUGCUAGUGAAAGCCAAUUGCGAUUUAUACAAUCCUCCAGGACACGAAGCGAGAACGGACGGAGAAGAGGUUUUCACUUUUUACCUGCAAGAGUAUAAUAGAAUUGUUGAAAAGUGGCAGAAAAGCCACUUGUUGUCCAGCUCUCGACGUUCCAAAUCUAGUAAAGAGUAAAUAUUAGCAACAUGACUCAUUCUGUAUUUAAGUUUGUUCUUUCCGAUUUUUUAAAAAUCGACUCAAAAAUGUCUUCCAUCAUUUUAAUUGUAAAUUUAUCUGAAGAUUCGUUGUGUAAAUGAUACUCUUUAAUUAGAUUUAAAUGAAUUUUACAUCGUCCUUAAUGGGGAUUUGUUCCAAAUUGCCAUUAAGUCCUUCUGUUUCUUUUUUUAAUCUGUAAAUAGAUUUCAUUAAAUUUUUCUUACAAUCAU